CACGCAGCAGCUGGCGGCCAAAAUCGUGACGGAGAGAAAAACAAUAGUGACGUGUUCAACGACGACCCCGGCGGAUUUUGCCGCUACCACCAGUCCGAGCUUCACACCAACGAGCAGUGUCGUCUCCAGCAGCAACUGCGGCGCGCGCGUUCGAGAGAGGGCGCCGAGGAACGCCGCUCGGGCGGCGGCAGCCGCGGUGGCGGCGGUAGCCAGCGAGGGGGUAGACCGCCGCCCGGGCCAGGCCGCGGUGGCGGCCGAUGGGUGAGGCUACAAGGGCAGCAGCACCACACCGGUCAUGGUGGCGAUGGCUGGAGCCAAGCCUCACCCCCCCCGAGACCUCUUCGUGGACGUGGGCCUGGUGGUCGUCUGGGGCGUCACCCGGGGGGUCGUGGGCCCGCGGGACGCCACAGCAGCGACGGGCGUACCGAGAGAGAACGGGCAGGGAGAGGCCCGGGGCACGCGCGUCUGGCCACGGACGAGAGCAGGCGUACGUAGCGUAUCACGCCCACGAUGAUGGUGGUUGCUACGAAGACUACGGCGACUACGAUGACGGACGCUAUUGCGACGACGGCUACUACGACGCCGGGUACGCACACUACGCUGGCGGUGGGGACAGCUACAGCUAUUCCUCCGGCGUCUGCUUCGUCUUUGCUGAGUGUGGGAUCUAGUGAGGGGCCGCCUGGUAGCGAGAGAUGGGUAGCUGACUCAGGAGCCAGCAACAGUUUCACCAACAGCAGCCUACACAUGUAUGACCUGCAAGAGAUCCCCGCCAGUAGGACGUGUGUCGUUGUAGGUGAUGGUCGACUGCUAGAAGUGCAAGCCAUCGGUCGUAUUUAUCUUAGUUUCUUUCAGGAGGAUGAGAAUGGUGGGAAAACGACGAUGUGUGUGAAGCUCACUGACGUGUCUGUUGUAGAGAGACUGAGUUUCAACUUGUUCUCAACGCAUACUGUUCUCUGAAGCUACCAAUCCUCUACGACGAACGUGGUGCAACCCUACAAAAUGGACUGCUCUUUGCUAGAGAGGAAAAAGCGUCUGCAGCGUAUGCCAUGCGGUUGCCGUACGACCCAUCUGCGACUAUUGUAG